CUACUCCCUUCGGCUGCAUUCAUUGCAGAAGGCCAAAGCAUUUCUCACUGCAGAAGAAGGCCAAAUCGUUCGGAAAGAGCGAGAAAUGAAGUCGCCCUUGGAGCGUCCGACAAGAGGCAGGACGAACACCCUCUUCUGGCUGAGGCAGAUGAUCAAGAAGCCACACGGCGCCGCUCUCUCCCUCUCCACCGACACAUUAGAUGCAGCCCGCCUCUCCCUCGAGCAACGAGAAUACAUGUACAGACAGGGACUAUGCGCAGCACACAAUGUGUUCAUCGGGGUCUCUGUGCUGAUCAGAUACGACGAGUGGAUAGGUGACAUCAACAAGUACCUGACGUGUGUGGCGUGCUUCGCCUAUGCCAUCAUGGGCCUCAUCACCAUUGUCGUCAUAUCCGUGCACUGGUCAGCCACACACUGAGUCUCAAUGAAGCAUGGAUGGCUGGCUCUUCGGAGACGCGAGUGGCGUGUGUCCAUCCAUUUGUUCACGAAUCAAUCCAUCAGGAUGGACGGGGAGACGUUUGUAAUGCGUUGGUGUCUGCUGUUUCGUGUGUUUGCGUACGCCACCCUCAUCGUGUCGUCGGUGCUGUCCCUCAACGACCGCGAGCCCUCCCACCCGGGGUACUACCUGCCGUGGCACGCCGUCUUGUUCAUCGUCGUGGUCACCAUCGUGAGCAGCUCCCGAUAUGGGGCCCACCCGCUGAUGCAUGCGUAAGCAAGCGGGGCUUGUGGGCGGCGGGAAAGGCAUGCUUGGUGCUGCAUGCCCCUGUGUCGUACGUCUGUGUGUGUGGGCAGUUAUGGCUUGGUGACUGUUCUGGUGGAUGCCAUUCUUAUCGCCUUCACGGUGAGCGCAGCAGCGAUAUGGGCACUUACAUCUGUCUCUCAUUGGCUCACUUGUGUGUGUUGCCCAGGAUUGGCGGCUGAGGCUUUGCCUGGCAAUCGUCCGCAGGUAUGCUGCACACAUUUCUUUGUCCAUCCAUCGCCUUGGUGUCUUGUAUCGGUUGUGCCUCCAGAAAGCUCAAUCUCGGCGAGAUCACACAGUAAGCGAACUCUCUUGUGUGGCCGGCCAUUCAUGCAUGUCUGUCUGUCUGUCUGUCUCACGGCUGGUUCCACGAUCGACGGAGGCACGUGUGUGUGUUUUCAUGGCUGUCUGUCUCCGUGUGUGUGUGCAGGUUGCACCUGCUGUCGUGGAAGUACCUGGCCUUCAUCCCCUCAAUCGAGCUCAUUGACGUGUCCGCUCGACGGCUCCUGUGGCAGGACGCUGUGGUACGCACAUGUCCGUCCCGUCCAUCUACACGCGCACGCACUAAGGGCUCUCUGUUCGUCUAUCGCAGGCCUUUGACGAGCUCCGAGACGUCGGUGGCAUGAGGUCAGAGGCGGCCUUUGCCGACCAGGCUCGCGAGGAACGUAGGAUGAGCGCCGCAUACGAGGCCCCACUAGCCUCCCCUUCAUCAGCAGCAGACUCCCCCAGGCCCAAGAAGGGCUCGUCCAUCCAGUGGGUCGACCAGGCUAGGGGGAGCAAGGGUGAUGAUAUCAUUGGUGAAGGUGGCAUCGGCAGGCCGCGGACACAGGUGACGAUGCACAAGGGGUGGCUGUUCAGCGAUUAUUUGUUGGAAGAAGAGGUAGAACCGCCGCAACGUGGCGGGGUGGCCGUGAUGGGGCAGUCUGUGCAGAGACAGAGAAGCUUCUAGGCCGGAAGCUUGAUGUGCGGCCUCACUCUGAGUGCCACGGAUUCUUUCUUCCAUGCCUGACUGCACUGCGUGCCGUGCGUAUGUUCCGUGUGGCAUUGUGGAUG